AUUGCAACGUGAUAUAAGACAGACACUUCGGUACUUAAGCACAGUUUCAUUUCUCAGCUCUUAGAUAUCAAGAUGUUUAUACCAAUUAUCGUAGUUGUUGUUUGUGUCUUGUUGCUAUUCUAUUCCAUCGCUGAGCGUCACAGUAAUGUUCCUUUGUGUGAUAAUUAUCUGCCUGUUAUUGGACAUACCCACAUGAUUAUCGGGGGCGGUAAAAGAUUACUGCAAACUGUGAAAUAUGCAUGUGAAGAGACAAACAAGAAGGGCGGUGUCGCGAUUCUAAAAUUAGGACUCUCAAAUUACUAUAUUAUAACAGACCCAGAAGACAAUUUGACAGUAGCCAACGGCACACUUCAGAAACAUUUUGUCUAUCAGUUCGCGAGCAACUGGUUGGGGGAUGGUCUCAUCACGUCAUCAGGAGAGACAUGGAAGCGUCACCGCAAACUAUUGAACCCAGCGUUCAGUCAGCAAAUGUUAAACAUCUAUACAGCUGUAUUCAACCGUAAAUCGAGAAAUCUGAUUUCUGCCAUCGAAAUCGAAAUGAAGAGCGGCCCGGUGCUUAUCGACACAGUUUUCAGAGAAAUGGCUUUAAAUACAUUAUUAUCAACGGCAUUCGGCAUAGAAGAGGAAGAUUCUGAUUUCAACAAGAAGUAUAUUCAUGCUGUUGAUGUAAUAUUGGCUCUGCUGACACGUAGGUUCCAGAACCCUCUAUUGCACUAUCCGUUCUUUUACAAACUGAGCGCUUUAAAGAAAAAAGAGGAAGAAGUGAUCGAGACAAUACUAACGGCGUCGAAAAAGAUCAUAAAAAAUAAACGGGAAGCUUUGAAUAAAGAACGAUCUAACGAAAAUGGCUAUGCCACUGAAAGAAAAUUCAAAACAAUGUUAGACCUGCUCUUGAAAGACUCGGAUGGCGAUGCCUUAACGGACGAAGAGAUCAGGGAUGAAGUCGAUACACUUAUACUUGCUGGAUCUGAUACAUCGUCACAGCUCACGUUGGUUGUCGUGAUGGUAUUGGGCUCGUACCCUGAGAUCCAGGAUAAAGUUUACCAGGAAGUUGCAUCAGUGUGCGGAGUUUCGGAUACUGAUGUAGAAAAACACCAACAUCCAAGAUUAGUUUAUACAGAAGCUGUUCUGAAGGAAACGUUAAGACUAUAUCCGACCGUUGCAGUUGUUUUGAGAAAGCCGGAAAAUGAAAUAAAACUAAAGAACUACACGAUACCGGCCAACAGUAACUGCGUGUUGGGUAUUUAUGGUCUGAACCGCCACCCAGUGUGGGGCCCUGACGCGCACACGUUCCGACCAGAGCGCUGGUUGGAGCCCGGAGGUGUGCCCGACGACCCUAAUGCAUUCGCAGGAUUCAGCGUCGGGAAACGGAAUUGUAUCGGUAAAACCUACGCCCUCAUAUCGACGAAGAUCAUACUGGCGCAUUUAGUACGACGAUACAAAGUUACUGCAGAUAUAUCUAAGAUUGAAUUCAAAAUGGAUGUGAUUAUGACACCUUCAGACAACUGCUACGUUGAAUUUGAGUUAAGAAAUGGAACGACUACUUAAACGUUACUAUGUCUCGUGAGGAACCCUUCGUCAUGACUUUUGAUAUUGGUAUAAAAAUAAAGAGUAUAAAACAACUGUAACUGAA